UGCAGAGCGGGCCGAGAUAAAUUGCGUGAUCAGCACAGGGACGGGACCUACUGCGUAUGCGAUUGCCCCAACAUAAUACCUCGACGGAAUACACACCAGCGAGCCAGCUAAAAACCAUCGUUUUGGAUGAUACCAAAAUAACCGCUAGUGAAAACGAUGACCUCGAGCCACGACUCCGAGGAUGGGCCCCAUAGGCCCCUCCUGGCAGGCUCCCCGCAGCAGGAAGCGUACGGAGGAGCAGUAGCAGCAGGCGGGAGGAGCGCGACCCCGCCGACCCCGGACAGGCUCGAGCGGGGUGGCACAUUCACCCGGAACCUCGGGGCGUUGGAGGCGUUCGGCAUCGUCAUAAGCAUCGUCAUUGGCAGCGGCGUCUUCACGUCGCCCGGGUCCAUCGACGCAAACGUGCCGUCGCCGGGCAUGGCCCUCGUCACAUGGCUGGUCGGCGGCGUCCUGGCCUGGACGGGAGCUAGCACGCUGGCCGAGUUGGGGACCGCGAUCCCCGGACAAGGGGGCGUGCAGCCGUACCUUCAGUACAUCUUCGGCGACGUCUUUGGCUUCUUGGCGGCCUGGACGUGGGUCGUUGCCGUCAUGCCCGCGACGCUCGCGAUCCUGAGCAUCGUCUUCGUGGAAAGCAUAUUCUCUGCCGCAGGCGUGACGGACCAGGCCGGGAGGAUAGAGCACAAGCUACUCUCCGUGUUCAUCCUCGUCGUCAUCAGUGUGGCGAACUCGAUCAGCACAAAGGCAAGCACUCGGCUCAACAAUUUUUUCGUCCUCACCAAGUUUGUUACCAUCUCGGCCAUCGUGCUUGCCGGCAUCGUUGUCGUGAUUGUCCAGGUCUUGAGUCCGAGCAGGGACGACGUCGGCGGGAGGGAUUGGUUCACCAGGCCCUGGUUCGGGUACAGGAAGAGUGUGACGCCUGGCGGGGGUGAAAUCGAUUGGAACGAUCUGGGGCAGUGGGAGAUCUUUGGGCACUAUUCUGCAGCGUUAUAUGGAGCGUUGUGGGCAUAUUCCGGGUGGGACAAGGCCAUCUACAUCUCGGACGAACUCUCAGCACCCGAACGCCAGUUGCCCCUCGCGAUCAAUUCCGCCCUUCCCGUCAUCAUUGUCUGUUUCAUUACUUCGAACGCAGCCUACUACAUCCUCCUGCCAUGGGACGUGGUUUCUACAACUGACAGCGUGGCAGUGACGGCGAUUACUCGCCUCUUGGGCUCGGCAUUUGGCAUCCUCUCUGCGGUUCUGAUCUGCCUGGUCGUCGCCGGUUCCUUGCUCGGCAAUUCCUUCGUUGCCGGUCGCAUGGCAGUAGCUGCGUCGCACAAGGCGUGGCUCCCCGGUGUAUUUGGCCUGCUUGGACAUGUCGGGACCAGAGUGAUUUAUCAGGACGCCCCUGAAGACCCCAGCGAUUGGACACGUUCACCGAAAACCUCCAGGUCGGACGCGCCAAUCAACGCCAUCAUUCUCUCAACCAUCCUCUCGGCGCUCUACAUCCUCUUUGGGAAUUUCCGCGCCCUCCUCACGUUCAACGGCCUCGGAGAGUACUCUUUCUUCUUCCUGACCGUCCUCGGCGCCAUCAUCCUGCGAUAUCGUGAGCCGGGUCUGAAACGUCCGUAUAAACCCGUGUUGCUGGUGCCGGCGGUCUUUGCUGUCGUGAGCGGGUUCGUCGUGGCGAGAGGGGCAAUAUUCGCGCCCGUCCAGGCGAUCGUCCUGGUCCUUGUCUGGGCGCUUGGUUUGCUCUUCUAUUGGGCCAGGAAGCAAUGGGCGACGGUGAGGGCGGCCCGUCGACCUCACCCUGACUGAUUGAGAUCCUCACGCCUCCCGAGACCUGUUCCCAAAGCUGGUGUGCGCGCGGGCCCUGUCUGGCAGGGAUGGCAUUUGGUGGUUGAAUCGCAACCCCGCUGCAGGUCGGUGCCCGUUAAUCUUGGCGACUGCGGCACGGUAAAUAAGGCCUCUUGGCACUUGUGAGAGGCGCUAGGGUGACAGAUCGCGUCGACAAUUGCCGCAAGGGAGACGCGCGGGAAGAUGCCCGAGGCACUAGCGCCUUCAUUUGGGUUACAGUGAAAACGAAGAAAAAAAAGACAGAGGGGCAUGCAAAUCAGGUCGUUCUGCUGCUCUAAUUAC